AAUUAUUACAAGGAGAGAGAAAAAGGGGGGAGAGAGAGAGUGGAGAGGAGAGAGAUAAAAAGGGGAGAGAGAGAAAGAAAGGAAAAAGAGGGUGAAGAAGAAGAGAAAAAUUCCAAAUUCAAGUAGCAGAGAAUACCGGUGGAGGGUGUGAAUAAAGGUUUGCAAUCACUCUUUCUGACCCAGCUGCUGCGAACCCAUUUGCUUAAAGUUACAGGCCUUAAUUGCUAUUUGAUCGCUGAUCUGAAGAUAACGUGUUGGUCGACAGACAAAUAUAUAUAUGGAGGCUACGAAGUGUUGGUUUAACAAAUUUAGAUCGAAAAAUAAGGCGAGAUCUUCGAGGAGAAAUGAAACCACAAGUAACGGAAGAGAAGGUUCGAAUGCACCAACGGAAGAAGCACCUUCUGUUGCCACAAAGCAGAAGGUUGCAGCUGCCAAGCAGUAUAUUGAAAAGCAUUACAAGGAACAAAUGAAAAAUUUGCAGGAGCGGAGAGAGAGACGGAAUAUGCUUGAGAAGAAAUUAGCUGAUACUGAGGCCACCCCAGAAGAGCAGACCAACAUACUCAAGUACCUGGAGAAAAAGGAGACCGAGUACAUGCGUCUUCAGAGGCACAAAAUGGGUGCAGAGGAUUUUGAGCCUUUAACAAUGAUAGGCAAGGGUGCAUUUGGUGAGGUCAGGAUAUGCAAAGAGAAGACAACCGGCCAUGUGUAUGCCAUGAAAAAGCUGAAGAAGUCAGAAAUGCUUCGUAGAGGCCAGGUUGAACAUGUUAAAGCUGAAAGGAAUCUACUUGCAGAGGUUGACAGCAAUUGCAUUGUCAAACUCUAUUGUUCCUUCCAAGAUGAAGAGAAUCUUUAUCUUAUAAUGGAAUAUCUUCCUGGUGGAGAUAUGAUGACCUUACUUAUGCGAAAAGAUACGCUAACGGAAGAUGAGGCUAGGUUUUAUGUUGGAGAAACAGUUUUGGCUAUCGAAUCCAUCCAUAAACACAAUUAUAUUCAUAGGGAUAUUAAGCCAGACAAUCUUCUGCUUGAUAGACAUGGCCACAUGAAACUGUCAGAUUUUGGUUUAUGUAAGCCACUGGACUGCAGCAUUCUUCAAGAGAAAGAUUUUUCUGUGGGAAAGAAUCUUAGUGGGGCUCUUCAAAGUGAUGGGCGUCCUGCAGCACCUAAACGUACUCAACAGGAGCAGCUGCAGCAUUGGCAGAGGAACAGAAGGAUGCUUGCUUAUUCAACUGUUGGCACACCUGAUUACAUUGCGCCAGAAGUUUUACUUAAGAAAGGCUAUGGAAUGGAAUGCGAUUGGUGGUCUCUUGGCGCUAUUAUGUAUGAAAUGCUUGUUGGGUAUCCUCCUUUUUAUUCUGACGAACCCAUGUCUACUUGUAGAAAGAUAGUGAAUUGGAGAACACACUUGAAAUUUCCGGAAGAAGCUAAACUGUCUCCAGAAGCAAAAGAUCUAAUUAGUAAAUUAUUAUGUAAUGUUGAAAAGAGAUUGGGUACGAAAGGUGCAUAUGAAAUAAAGGCUCACCCAUGGUUUGCUGGUAUCGAGUGGGACAAACUGUAUCAAAUCAAAGCUGCCUUUAUCCCAGAGGUUAAUGAUGAGUUGGAUACUCAAAAUUUUGAGAAAUUUGAAGAGGCAGAACUUCAAAUAUCCACCGCAGCAAAGGCAGGCCCAUGGAGGAAGAUGCUCUCAUCUAAGGAUGUCAAUUUUAUGGGCUACACAUAUAAGAACUUUGAAAUUGUAAAGGAUCAUGAAUUGCCUGGCAUCUCUGAAUUGAAAAAGAAAACCCCAAAAACCAAGAGGCCGACCGUGAAGUCACUAUUUAACGAGGAGUGGGAUUCUGCGUCACCGCCACCUGCUCAAGGAAGCUUUUUAAGCCUCCUACCUACCCAACUCGAGGUCUCGAAGCAGGAUGGAUCUGCUUGAGAUGCAUCUAUACCAAAAUUGUUUAUAACUACAGCCAAGCGAAUAUAGUUAAGCAAACAAAGUCAACUGAACACAAGAUUCUGAUAGGUUGUUUUUCUUUUGAGUAUAUAAAUGGAGUGAAAAGUUUUUAGAAAUGAGGUUUUGCAGGUCAUUCACCUGCUUUAGUUUCAAGUAACAUGUUCACUGUAAAUGUUCGUGUGUUCGUUCUGUUUCAUAAGUUAUCGUAAGAUUUUGUUGCCCUGUUAAAUCAGUUGAAAACUGUGGACAACAGCUGUUUGGCUUUGGGCAGUUUGAUAUUUAUUUUCUUUCAACAGAAUUCACCAGUUUGUUUUGGAGAUUA